AUGGCGUCGCCGACGAAUCUCUAUCACCGCCGGCUUGUAGCGGAGAAAAGUGCCAAAGCCUGCUGGAUAUGCUAUAAACCUUCAAGCACUGUGUUAAUCACUCCUAACCAAGAUGACUGGUUUCAUAUAUGUGCUGGCCACCUGAUAGACUCGAAGUUCGCGAUCGCUAAAGAUGCGGAUGACAUCGCAGAACGUAAGCGUAAAGAAGAAAUAGACAAGGAGAUUCAGGUGGUGAAGGCCGAGUUCGAGGAGAAGAUGCGCAAGAAGAUGGCUAGACGGAAGCAGAAGGAGUAUGAAAAAGACAAAGAUGGAAAGAAGAAGGAUGAGGCGGAUACUAAUGCGAAGACGGAAGAUGAGAAGGAGGAGAAGGAGAAAGAGGAGAAGCUGAAGGAGUUGGAAGGCAAGAAGGAUCCUGCUGCGAUGGAGAAGACUAUGAUUGACGGGCCAAGGGUGUUUGAGCUACAGAAGCAAUUCUGGCAAAUGCGUAUGCAGAAGAAGAGGGAUACUGAGGCUGCGAGAAGGAUGAAAGAGAGGCUGAAGCAACCUGGUGCCUUCCCGAGUGUGCCGCAGGGUGGACUAGGAUGA